AUGGCUCUGGUGGUUGAGCUAAAACUGGAAUUUUCAAAAAAUAGCGAAACCGUAGAAUUACGACUUUUAGUAAGAUCUAUUUUAAACAAAAAUCAAAGUGAGGACGAUAACGAUAGUGAUCCAGAUUUUAUACCUAAACCUUUUAAUAUCGAGCGGAGAUCACCUGUUAUAACGCGUUCAAAAAAGAGGGAUACUGAUUUAGCUGACCCAAUUAAUAUUAACGAUAGACUAGAAAUUUUCAACAUGUCCAAACCAAUUUUUUUUAAACCCGAAUUUUAUAGUGGCGAACCAGACGAAUCAACGGUAAAUGAACGAAAUAACACUCAUAAUUUUGAUGCUCUUAAAGCAGAAAUAGAAUCUUUAAAUCAAAAACUGGUAGAACAAAAUGCUUUUGUUGCUAAUCAAUUAUCAUAUAAUAAUAAUGGCUAUACAAAUAAUAAUCGCAAUAAUUUUAAAAGAUAUAAUUAUAAUAACAAUAAUAACAAUAAAUAUCAGAAUUAUAAUACAAAUAGAGAAAGAAACUUUAACGACUCAAAUAAUUUUAAGAAUAAUAAAUUUGAUAGAAAUAAUUAUUACCAGUCAAACGAAAACUUUAAUGGUAAACAACAUUUUAAUAACAGGCAGUUCACGGGUAAUCAAAAUCGUAACACAGGUUUUAAAAAUAAUAAUAAUUUUCAACAACCACAUACCAUGAAUAAUGUUAAUAAAAGUAAAUUUUAUAAUUCACUACACCAAAGUUAUGAUAAUAAAAAAUUUAAUUAUUCAAAUCAGCAUUAUAAGCCAGAUAAUAAUAUGAAUAAUCAUUAUCAAUCGAAUCACUUACCCGAAAACACCAACCAAGGCCCUUACUCGGGUCAAAAUAAUGAUCCAUCGAAUAAAAAAACAUUUAAUAAUCAAAAAAACAUGUAA